CGAUCGAAAGCUGCCGCAUCAGCAGCUCUUCACGUUCGACUUUGAGACUGCAUCACGCUUGACAGCAUCAGCGACUUAAUUUGGACUCAGACUGAUCAGUACGAUCUUUGGAUCGCCGACCUCUGGCCUGAAUAGCUGAUGCAUUCGAGCUCAUCCACAAGCUUGGCCUACACGUCCUGUAGCUAGGCGUAUCUCACGCCCCCAGUCCGUUGUCCACUCGAUCUUCUGUGCGGGGCGCAGGUGUGCUCUUCAUUCCCAUCGUCCACCUUGCCGACUCGAUCUCUCAGGCAGUCAACCCACGUCAACCGAAAGACAGAAGCCACAAUCGCAAGCUUGACUGGUCACCUCUCGAUCCCUUCGGUACGAUGGUGUUGACGCAGGAUCUGCUGCUGGAUCCGUCCAUCAGGACGUGGGUUCUGCUGCCCAUCUUGGCAGUGAUGGUGGAGGUGGGCUUGCUGCGUCACUACAUUACUCAGCUGAUUGGGAGCAAGCCCAAAGGUACCAAGCCAGAGCUGCUACGAGAACAACGCAUUCUGACGCGAGCUCAAACCACUCGAGCCAACGCCUGGUACCUCUCACCCUCAUCGCUCGCAACGAGAAAAGACUGGCUAGCUGAGGUGCUCAGCAACGGCAGCUACGUCAAUCCCAAAGAAGAGCCAAAGAAGUCCAAGAAUCCAAACGAACCGGAAAUGCCAGCGAAUCCUUUGAGCAAUCCAGAUCAGAUGGAAGCCAUGAUGGAUCAGCUCAAGAAGAGCAUGGUCAUGAUGGUGCCGCAGACGGUCAUCAUGGGUUGGAUCAACUGGUUCUUCAGCGGAUUCGUAUUGCUACGCCUGCCAUUCCCUCUGACGCUACGCUUCAAGCUGAUGCUGCAGCGAGGUAUCGACACGCAAGACAUGGACGUCUCAUGGGUCAGCUCCAUCUCGUGGUACUUUUUGUGCCUAUUUGGUCUCAAUGCGGUGUUCAGACUGAUUCUUGGCGAGGGCAAUGCUGCGGACGGCACGAGGGACUUGGCUGGCAUGUCGUCCCUGGGAGUGGGUGCGGGUCCGGCGGCAGGUGCUCCACCCAACCCUUUCGCGGCAGCGACGGGAGGAGCUUCUGCUGGACCCGACUACGCGAAGCUUCAUGCACAAGAAAAGGAGAAUGUGGAACUGAUCUCGACGCUUGGGAACAGGUGGCACGGGUCAGGGGUCGAGGAGAGGGUGUUGGCGAUGUAUGCCUUGUAGAGCAGAAGCUGCAGCGCUGCACAGUCUCUGUUUACGCAUCGUAGACCGCAAGACUCAAAUGUAGUGUGCAUGGCGGAAUGAGGAUGCGCAUUCCUUUGCAGGCAGCAGUAUCGUGG